AGUUCAGUUGUAGUAAGUGAGGCAAAGGUGAAUAACCUCAGAAACGUGUCUGGAACGGUGUCAUUCUGAAUCAAUAUCAUUUUCACUUCCCGUUUCGUAGCGUUUGUCGAUAAGUCUAGUUAGAAAAGCACAUUUUCAGACUGUGUGUAUCUUUAGUCCUUUAUAAUACGUAGGGAAGCUACUAAAUUUAAAAGUUUUAAGUUGAAGAGUUUUAUACCAAAUAAUCCAAAUAGGAAAUCUCCACAUUAAAUGGAGAUUGCCUAUUUUUGUCUCAUUUUGUUCGCCCAUCUUUCGAGCUUCACGGCAAGAGGAUGUAUGGGAAAUCAGAUUCAAUGUGGAAAUGGGGAGGGUUGUUUCGAACCCCAACAGCGCUGCGACGAUGUCAAGGAUUGUGAAGAUGGAUUUGACGAAGACGAAUGCGAACCUCUUCUGCUGAUCACAACUGACAGUGAUAUUCGAUCGAUGCCGAUCGAUUCUGAAGAAUAUAAAUUCAUUCAGUCGGACCUUAGCCAAGCCCACGGCGUCUCGGUUGAUUACAAAGAACAGUCUCUUUACUGGAGUGAAAAGAGCGAUGGCAAAUCGGGAAUUUACAAAUCCAGUUUGGAUGGAUCAAGAAAUCAAAAGGUCAUUUCCGUUGGCGUGGAAGAGGUUGGAGACUUGAUGGUUGAUGGGCCCGGAAGACACCUAUACUUCGUCGAUUCCGGUCGGAAAACUAUUGUCGCCUGCGAUCUCCAAGGCACAAUCUGCGUCGUCGUCUGCGGUCAACUAGACAAACCUCGCGCUCUGGCCGUCUAUCCUGAAAAACGUCUGCUCUUCUGGUCCGACUGGGGUUCCCAUCCACACAUUGCUUCGGCUGGCAUGGACGGAUCAAAACGGACACACAUAAUCACCACCGAUGUUGCCCAGCCUAGUGGAUUAGCUGUGGACGAAGCGACUGGGCGCAUAUUCUGGGGCGAUGUCCAGCUGAGUCGCAUCGAAAGCUCACACAUCGACGGAUCCGACCGCAAGGUUCUUCAGAAGGAAGUCAAUCCUUUCGCUCUGGCUCUGUUCCGCAAUCUGGUCUUCUGGUGCGACCCAACCGAACAUGAGAUUAUUUCCGUGGACAAGAACACCGGAGGGCAAUUCAAGGUGAUGAUCCGAGAUGACGCAUUGAUUCUCACUAGUAUUCAAGUCCAUCAUCCUUCGAAGCAAAGGUUUACUCAAAAUCCUUGCCAGAAUGCGAGUUGCAGCCAUCUUUGUCUCCUCUCACCUUCUGUGGAAGGAUUUCAUUGCGCUUGUCCGGCUUCAAUGGCGUUGACUAGCGACAACCGCACUUGCGAUUUCACUACUGUCGAUGAUACUUCCAUCAUCGUCGCUACUAAAACCGACAUUUAUCGCUUGAACAACAACAACCAGAACGAGACAGAUUCAAUCGUCCAUCUGUCUAAGAAUCUCCACUUGAAAAACGUUGGCGCCUUGGUAUUCAACCCUUCGGAUAAUUCCAUCAUUUACAGCGACACAGUGGACGGAGUCAUUUACUCGAUGGAAUUGAACACUCGUCGCGAAGUGGUUCUCUUUGAAAAUGCCGAUGUGGUCGAAGGGUUGGACGUGGAUCCUUUCACGGAAAGCAUUUACUGGACGGAGAGAUCUCGGGGUACCAUCGUGAAAUUUGCGAUUGGUCGCAAACAUUUAAACGGAGUGCGUGAACGAUUGGUUUUAGCUCGACAGCUCAAGAACCCUAGAGCCAUUGCCAUAGCACCUGAAUUAAAUUUAAUGUUUGUUAUCGAAGGAAGUGAAAGUUACGUCAUCACCGUAUGGGAAACGGACGGGAAUUGGCUAAAUAAUUUGGUGCAAGUCCAUGGAACCGUGACGUCUAUGGUGUACGACGACAAGCACUUGUACUUUACCGAUUCUCUGCGCGGUACGAUUGAACGCAUGGAAGUUGGAGGUUCAAAUCGAACCGUACUCCAAGAACACCUGAAAACGCCCAUUGCCAUCAGUUUAACUUUGGACUCGGUUUUCUGGCUGACUGGACAUUCUCGCAUCAACUGGUUGAACAAACAAGAUCCAGAAACAAAGCACGAAUUUUCCAUCGGUACUACUUCCCUUAAGAAUGUCGAGCAAUAUCGAUUGAUGGUUGUAGUUAAUAAUUUAAAAUUAAGUCGCAACGGCAGCACUGGUGAUUGUAUAACAGCGAACGGGUCCGAUUGUCAUUAUAAGUUGGGCUCUUCUUGCUCGGAAGGAGAUUUCCGGUGUGACAAUGGCCAUUGCAUACCGAUGGAUUCGGUCUGUGAUGAAGUUUUGGAUUGUCCAGAUGGCACUGACGAAGGAGAUAACUGUGAUAAUACUCCGUGUGAAGAAAACUUUUGUGAGCACAAUUGUGUGCCGGGACCGAAGGGACCAAUUUGCUACUGCGAGGCCGGCUACCGAUCCGAAAACAACGGCCCUCAGUGCGUAGACAUUGACGAAUGCUUAUUGGAGAAUAGAUGUUCCCAAUACUGCGCCAAUACCGAAGGCGAUUACGACUGUUCGUGUGCGCCAGGGUAUUACCUUGAGCCGGAUAAAUACACCUGCAAAGUGAUGGACGGACGGCCGUUGCUGAUAGCCGCCAGUGCGCAUCGCGUCGCCCUUCUGCGGAACAACAAUGUGACUGCUAGUCAUCGUGGUCUGGCAUCGCAGGAUGCUCCCAUUAAAGGCAUCGCCUAUCACGGCAAAUUUUCCACCCUCUUCUGGAUCACCAGUGCAGGUGUCAGCCGGAUGAGGGAUGUCGGCCAGGCGUUCACCUACAAGUUGGAAGGACUGACUCCCACUGGAUUGGCUCUAGACUCGAUCACAGGAAAUGUCUACGUCAGUGCGCUAGUAGCUAAUCAAGAUCGUUCGGUGGUCAAAGUCGUCUCUCAUUCGCUGGAUGCUGACGUUGACGUUGUCAACUCCCAAGCCAAGAUGACCGACAUCAUCAUUGAUGGCGUCAGAGGUGCCCUUUUUUGGUCCGAGCAUCUUCGGUCGGCUAGCGGCCGCAUCAUUCGUUCAACUAUGGAUGGCAAAGUGACUCGGGAGAUUUACUACAGCGGAGCUGCCUAUCCUGUCGCCCUCGCGCUGGACACGGUUAAAACGCGCAUCUACUGGGCGGACAAGGGCCAAUCAAUUUCAAGCUGCGACUACGACGGACAACAGAAAAAGAAGCUGGUAGUUGGUAGGACAAACGGCCAACCUCUGUCUCUCACCUUCUUUGAGAACCGCAUUUCUUGGACCGUCUGGCACCGAAAUGUCGUUUACAGUCAAUCGGUGACGGGCGAACCUGCGACCAGCUCUUUAACGCCGCUUGAGGAUGUGCAUCAUUUGUUUACUAGUCAUUCCAUCCUGGAACCGGAAUACCCAAACCCGUGCAAGUCAUCUUCUUGCGGCAACGGCUUGUGCGUGUUGAGGAACAGCUCCAGUUUCUCUUGUUUCUGUCCGACCAAGACGAACGUGGUUUCCAUGGCACCAUUCGAAUGCAGCAGCCGUUGUCCGAGUCAUUCUUUUUACUGCCAGCCGGAAUCGGAAUGCCUUCCGUUGAGCCUCGUUUGCAGCGACCAUCAAGAUUGUGACAAACUCUCUGAUCAGGACCUCUGUAAAAGUGCCAACAAAACGAUUAGUUCGGAUGAUAUUUUUUCGAAAGACAUUCUUACCAGGGGAAGAUUGCAAUAUCUUUUUGAAUUCCCCUUGAUUCUGUCCAAUGUAAGUGCUCGGGGGAUCGCAGACGCAGCCAAACAAAAUGGUCAACGGACAUCGUUUCGUAGUGCAAGUGAGAGUAAAGUACUUUACUCGCGCCAAAUUGAAAUUCGCGAUGAAAUUUUCGUUAACGACGGACUUUCUGGCGAAGGUUCAUCAUAUCCAAUUGAAAUGGCACUGCAAGCUGUGCUGGAUGGACCUGUUCAUGUCCUAAGUCGUUUAUUUACCAAAAAAGGUCACCAUAUUGAUCAUGCAACGGUAUUUAAUCAGGAUAAAAAACCUGUUUUUAUCAACUCCGUAUGGGACGCCAAAAACCACACCACACCACGUUUUGUGGAAGACAUCGAAGUUUCUUUUGGCAAUCAAUUGAUGUUGUGGAAAGUUUUCCGACCGCAAGCAUACACUGCCGAAGAUCAUUUGAACUUGAGAACUGUACACCAAAUGGAACUGCGGACUCUCCAGAAAAUGGGAUUUCACCUGCAGGUAGUUAAUCUUGCAAGUUGGAAUAAGCUAACAGAAGAGGAAAAAAUCAGCUUUUUGGAAGAUAAAAUAACUAUGGCACUACAAUCUUCUUAAAAUGUGGUUGAGAACGAAAGCACCUGGUAUUGUUGUACAAUAAUAGUUUUGUGAAUAAAUUAUUGAUUUAAACAUAAA